GGAGGGAGGAACAGGGGGGAAAAGUGCUCGGCGCCCAAGGCGAGCCCCGCACUCUCCGUCCCCGCGGCUGGCGCAGGACCUCACUCGAGCGGAGCGCCCACGGGGAGCGGGUCGCGGGGCGGCGGCGGCGAGGAGGAGGCGAGAAGGAGUUGGAGGAGGAGGAGGAGGAGGCGAGGGCCAGCGAGCCGAGCGGGGUCCCGGCCGCCCCGCGGGCCAAAGUCGAGCCCUCCCGCCCGUGGGCGAGCGCGCCAGCCGCCCCUUCCAGAACAGCCGCCGCCACAAAGAAGAACGGGGGGUGCCGAGGUCCCCAUGACCUCCUAAGCGGUGCGGUCCCCGCUGAGCGCGCUGCCCGGGCCGUGCCCCGCGCCCCCGUGCGUCCCCGCGCGCCACCGAGCGCCCCUGUGCGCCCCGGCCCGCGCCCCGCCGGCAUGGACGUCCAUACCCGCUGGAAAGCGCGCAGCCCGCUCCGCCCGGGCUCCCCGUUGCUGCCCCUUCCGCUGCUGCUGCUGCUGCUGCUGCUGUGGGCGCCGCCUCCGAGCCGCGCAGCUCAGCCAGCAGACCUCCUGAAGGUUCUAGAUUUUCACAACUUGCCCGAUGGAAUAACAAAGACCACAGGCUUUUGUGCCAGACGGCGAUCUUCCAAAAGCCCGGACGUCGCUUACAGAGUCACCAAAGACGCGCAGCUCAGCGCGCCCACCAAGCAGCUGUACCCCGCGUCUGCAUUUCCCGAGGACUUCUCCAUCCUAACCACUGUGAAAGCCAAGAAAGGCAGCCAGGCCUUCCUGGUCUCCAUCUACAAUGAGCAGGGCAUCCAGCAGAUUGGCCUGGAGAUGGGACGCUCUCCUGUCUUCCUCUACGAGGACCACACGGGGAAGCCUGGGCCAGAAGACUACCCCCUCUUCCGGGGCAUCAACCUGUCGGAUGGCAAGUGGCACAGAAUCGCUCUCAGCGUCCACAAGAAAAAUGUCACCUUGAUCCUCGACUGUAGAAAGAAGACCACGAAAUUCCUCGACCGCAGCAACCACCCCGUGAUCGACGUCAACGGCAUCAUCGUGUUUGGCACGCGGAUCCUGGACGAGGAGGUGUUCGAGGGUGACAUCCAGCAGCUGCUCUUUGUCUCGGACCACCGGGCAGCUUACGAUUACUGCGAGCACUACAGCCCUGACUGUGACACCGCGGUGCCGGACACCCCACAGUCGCAGGACCCCAAUCCAGAUGAAUAUUACACGGAAGGAGACGGUGAGGGGGAGACCUAUUACUACGAAUACCCCUACUACGAAGACCCCGAAGACCUAGGGAAGGAGCCCCCCCCCAGCAAGAAGCCCGUGGAAGCUGCCAGAGAGACCACAGAGGUCCCCGAGGAGCUGACCCCGACCCCCACAGAAGCUGCUCCCCUGCCUGAAACCAGUGAAGGGGCUGGGAAGGAAGAGGACCCCGGCAUUGGGGACUAUGACUACGUGCCCAGCGAGGACUACUACACGCCCUCGCCUUACGACGACCUCACCUACGGCGAGGGCGAGAACCCUGACCAGCCCACAGACCCGGGUGCCGGGGCCGAGAUUCCCACCAGCACCACCGACACCUCCAACUCCUCCAACCCAGCUCCGCCUCUGGGAGAAGGUGCAGAUGACUUGGAGGGGGAGUUCACCGAGGAAACGAUCAGGAACCUUGAUGAAAACUACUACGACCCCUACUAUGACCCCACCAACUCCCCGUCGGAGAUCGGGCCGGGAAUGCCGGCGAACCAGGAUACCAUCUAUGAAGGGAUUGGAGGACCUCGGGGCGAGAAAGGCCAAAAGGGAGAACCAGCCAUCAUUGAGCCGGGCAUGCUGAUCGAGGGUCCGCCCGGCCCGGAAGGCCCCGCGGGUCUUCCCGGACCACCAGGAACCAUGGGUCCCACUGGCCAAGUCGGGGACCCUGGAGAAAGGGGCCCCCCUGGACGCCCAGGCCUUCCUGGGGCCGAUGGCCUCCCCGGCCCUCCGGGGACUAUGCUCAUGCUGCCUUUCCGGUUUGGAGGUGGCGGCGACGCAGGCUCCAAAGGCCCCAUGGUCUCAGCCCAGGAGUCCCAGGCGCAGGCCAUUCUACAGCAGGCCAGGUUGGCACUGAGGGGACCAGCCGGCCCGAUGGGUCUCACAGGGAGACCCGGCCCCGUGGGUCCCCCUGGGAGUGGAGGUCUGAAGGGCGAGCCAGGAGACGUGGGGCCUCAGGGUCCUCGAGGUGUCCAAGGCCCACCUGGUCCUGCCGGGAAGCCCGGAAGACGGGGUCGGGCUGGGAGUGACGGAGCCAGAGGAAUGCCUGGACAAACUGGCCCCAAGGGUGACCGGGGUUUCGACGGCCUGGCCGGGUUGCCAGGUGAGAAGGGCCACAGGGGUGACCCUGGUCCUUCCGGCCCACCAGGACCUCCAGGAGACGACGGAGAGAGGGGUGAUGAUGGAGAAGUCGGGCCCAGGGGGCUGCCUGGGGAGCCCGGGCCACGUGGUCUGCUUGGGCCGAAGGGGCCCCCGGGCCCUCCCGGACCUCCCGGUGUAACGGGCAUGGAUGGCCAGCCGGGCCCGAAAGGAAAUGUGGGUCCCCAGGGAGAGCCCGGCCCUCCAGGACAGCAGGGUAAUCCAGGCGCCCAGGUAACCCCCCAGGGUGCUAUCGGUCCUCCAGGAGAAAAGGGUCCCUUGGGUAAACCAGGUCUCCCAGGAAUGCCUGGUGCUGAUGGACCCCCGGGCCACCCUGGCAAAGAAGGCCCUCCAGGAGAGAAAGGAGGUCAGGGUCCCCCUGGCCCCCAGGGUCCGAUCGGCUACCCAGGUCCUCGAGGAGUCAAGGGGGCUGACGGCAUCCGUGGUCUGAAGGGCACGAAGGGCGAGAAGGGUGAAGACGGCUUUCCUGGGUUUAAAGGAGACAUGGGCAUCAAGGGUGAUCGGGGGGAGAUCGGGCCACCCGGUCCCAGGGGAGAAGAUGGCCCUGAAGGCCCGAAGGGUCGUGGAGGUCCCAAUGGUGAUCCUGGUCCCCUGGGGCCCCCUGGGGAGAAGGGAAAACUCGGCGUCCCAGGGUUACCCGGGUACCCAGGGAGACAAGGACCGAAGGGCUCUAUUGGAUUCUCUGGAUUUCCUGGCGCCAAUGGAGAGAAGGGCGGCAGGGGGACCCCUGGAAAGCCGGGACCGCGGGGGCAGCGAGGCCCAACGGGUCCGAGGGGUGAAAGAGGCCCCCGGGGCAUCACUGGGAAGCCUGGCCCCAAGGGCAACUCUGGAGGCGACGGCCCAGCUGGCCCUCCUGGGGAGCGGGGACCCAAUGGACCCCAAGGACCGACAGGGUUUCCCGGACCCAAGGGCCCCCCUGGCCCUCCGGGCAAGGAUGGACUCCCAGGACACCCUGGACAGAGAGGCGAGACUGGUUUCCAAGGCAAGACUGGCCCUCCAGGCCCCCCAGGCGUGGUCGGCCCUCAGGGUCCCACGGGAGAAACGGGCCCAAUGGGUGAGCGUGGCCACCCUGGGCCCCCUGGACCCCCUGGUGAACAGGGGCUACCGGGCCUUGCUGGAAAAGAAGGGACGAAGGGUGACCCGGGCCCCGCAGGCCUCCCUGGGAAAGACGGCCCUCCAGGAUUACGUGGUUUCCCUGGGGACCGAGGGCUUCCUGGUCCAGUGGGAGCUCUGGGACUGAAAGGCAACGAAGGGCCGCCCGGCCCACCAGGCCCUGCGGGAUCUCCAGGGGAGAGAGGCCCAGCUGGCGCUGCUGGGCCCAUCGGAAUUCCAGGGAGGCCGGGGCCCCAGGGCCCCCCAGGGCCGGCAGGAGAGAAAGGGGCUCCCGGCGAGAAAGGCCCACAAGGCCCAGCUGGCCGAGACGGUCUCCAGGGUCCUGUGGGGCUCCCGGGUCCAGCUGGCCCCGUGGGUCCCCCUGGGGAAGAUGGAGAUAAGGGAGAGAUCGGGGAGCCGGGGCAGAAAGGAAGCAAGGGAGACAAAGGCGAGCAGGGUCCUCCCGGCCCUACCGGUCCUCAAGGCCCCAUCGGACAGCCGGGCCCCUCUGGAGCUGAUGGCGAGCCGGGGCCUCGGGGCCAGCAGGGUCUUUUCGGACAGAAAGGGGACGAAGGUCCCAGAGGCUUUCCUGGACCCCCUGGGCCAGUGGGGCUGCAGGGUUUGCCGGGACCUCCAGGCGAGAAGGGUGAGACAGGAGACGUGGGCCAGAUGGGCCCCCCAGGUCCCCCUGGCCCCCGAGGACCCUCCGGAGCUCCAGGUGCUGAUGGCCCACAAGGUCCCCCGGGCGGAAUAGGAAACCCUGGCGCAGUGGGAGAGAAGGGGGAGCCCGGUGAAGCAGGCGAGCCUGGCCUUCCAGGAGAAGGUGGCCCCCCGGGACCCAAAGGAGAAAGGGGAGAGAAGGGCGAGUCGGGCCCUUCGGGUGCUGCUGGACCCCCUGGACCCAAAGGCCCUCCCGGAGAUGACGGUCCCAAAGGCAGCCCUGGCCCAGUGGGUUUUCCUGGAGAUCCCGGUCCCCCUGGAGAGCCUGGCCCCGCGGGUCAAGAUGGUCCCCCUGGUGACAAAGGAGACGAUGGUGAACCCGGACAGACGGGAUCCCCCGGCCCUACUGGUGAACCAGGCCCAUCCGGGCCUCCAGGAAAAAGGGGUCCCCCAGGCCCUGCAGGCCCCGAAGGCAGACAGGGAGAGAAAGGAGCCAAGGGAGAAGCCGGCUUGGAAGGCCCUCCUGGGAAGACUGGCCCCAUUGGCCCCCAGGGGGCCCCUGGGAAGCCUGGUCCUGAUGGCCUUCGAGGGAUCCCUGGCCCUGUGGGUGAACAAGGUCUCCCAGGAUCCCCAGGCCCAGAUGGUCCCCCGGGCCCCAUGGGUCCCCCAGGACUUCCCGGCCUCAAAGGAGAUUCUGGUCCCAAAGGUGAAAAGGGUCACCCAGGCCUGAUCGGGCUCAUCGGUCCUCCGGGUGAACAGGGUGAGAAGGGCGACCGUGGUCUCCCCGGCCCCCAGGGCUCCUCCGGUCCUAAGGGAGAACAGGGUAUCACUGGUCCUUCUGGCCCGAUUGGACCUCCUGGGCCCCCUGGCCUGCCGGGUCCACCUGGUCCAAAAGGUGCUAAGGGCUCCUCAGGUCCAACCGGCCCAAAGGGUGAGGCAGGCCACCCAGGACCCCCAGGCCCCCCGGGCCCCCCGGGCGAGGUCAUCCAGCCCCUGCCGAUCCAGGCGUCCAGGACUCGGAGGAACAUCGACGCCAGCCAGCUGCUGGACGAUGGGAACGGCGAGAACUACGUGGACUACGCGGACGGCAUGGAAGAGAUCUUCGGCUCGCUCAACUCCCUGAAGCUGGAGAUCGAGCAGAUGAAGCGGCCCCUGGGCACGCAGCAGAACCCCGCCCGCACCUGCAAGGACCUGCAGCUCUGCCACCCUGACUUCCCAGAUGGUGAAUACUGGGUCGAUCCUAACCAAGGAUGCUCCAGGGAUUCCUUCAAGGUUUACUGCAACUUCACGGCUGGGGGCUCAACGUGCGUCUUCCCCGACAAGAAGUCCGAAGGGGUGAGUGGCUGUGUCCCUCGAUGGCUCCAGUGCGGCAUUUGUCACGUACAGGGCCAUGCUGAGGGCUUCAAGCGUUUCUUGUCUAGGCAGCUUUAAGACCAAAAGCCAGAAUGAAUCAGUUUCACAAGUUAAACUGUUCUUCUAGAAGUAUAUCUUCAACUGUUUUAAGACAUUUUUUAGCAAUAAAAUAGGUUUGUGCAGCCUGGGUCGGGGAAGGUUGGAGGGAUUUCCACCUGCCGCCCAGGGCCGGGACGUCACUCACCAGUGAAUAAAAGCUUUUCUCCAGUGACUCAGUGGUCCCACUGACCUGAGACCCCCAUUAAAACCCUUUGAAGGAAUUGGGGGUCAGGUAUAAUAACAUGACCUCAAGACAUCUUCCAGAAGCUGUGCUUUGCCCUAAUUCUCCUCCUGAGAGCUUUGUUUUAAAGUCUGUUUGGUAAAGAAUUCAGGAUGGGGAGCUAGGCUCUAAUUUGUUGAGAGAGAUUUCACGGCACGUCACUUAAAUACCCAGUUCUGUGGCCUUUCAGAGGCCGCGGCUCUGUGGCAGGAGUUUGUGUGCAUGUGGGGGGGUGCAUGUGGCGUGUGGAUGUGUAAUGUGUGAAUGGUGAGUGUCAC